CUGUUUAGACUGUGUUUGUGACUAUCUAGUUAUAGGAUAUUUAUCUGGCAUCCACUCUUGUGAUGCUUAAUAUUAACUCGUGUGUUCAGAAAAGAUCAGCAGGAGGAGGAAAGCAGGGCUCAUCAGUUAAAAAGCUGAAAAAAGACAAGGUAACGGGAGCAACAGGGAAAGCCACUAGUCCUAAGACAAACAUUGUAACUAUGGCACCAAGAGUCAAACCAGAGCUUCCUUUGCCUACAAUUUCAGUCGAGGUUGAGCAGUCUAUACUUGAUCACAGUAGAUUUUGUAACAAGAAAACAGACAUAUCUUUCCAUGAAAAGAAUCUGGACUUGAGGCUGGAUCUGUGCACCAAAAGAACUGUAACUACUUUUACUGAUGAUGACUUGGAAAGCCUCAAAUUUUUGAUAAAUUCUGCUAGAUGUUAGGCACCCAAUAAAAGAGUGUUUGAACAAGUUCCCUCGAAGGACUAGUACACCAUCUAGGGUUCACAGUCAAGCACAACAAGCUGAAGAAUAGCUACAACAUCAGCAACAGCAGCAGCAACAAUAGC